AUAUUCGACGCCCGUUUCUAACGACGCAGUUCAUUUUUCAGUUGACUCAGAUUCGUUAGACAUCUAAGUUCAACCGCUCCGUUCAUUUUUCGUUCAAUUUUUGUUUUAUUUCCUCCGUUUUCCUCUUCCGUCGUCAAGACAGCCAAGAACAAUGCGUGAGUGUAUCUCCAUCCAUGUCGGCCAGGCUGGCGUACAGAUCGGCAAUGCCUGUUGGGAGUUGUACUGCCUGGAGCACGGGAUCCAGCCGGACGGCCAGAUGCCCAGUGACAAGACCAUCGGCGGUGGCGACGACUCCUUCAACACCUUCUUCAGCGAGACCGGCGCCGGCAAGCACGUGCCUCGAGCUGUCUUCGUUGAUCUGGAGCCCACCGUAGUCGAUGAAGUCCGCACGGGGACGUACCGCCAGCUGUUCCACCCGGAGCAGCUGAUCACUGGUAAGGAGGAUGCCGCCAACAACUACGCCCGCGGACACUACACCAUCGGCAAGGAGAUCGUCGACCUGGUCUUGGAUCGCAUCCGUAAACUUGCCGACCAGUGCACGGGCCUGCAGGGCUUCCUGAUCUUCCACAGCUUCGGCGGUGGCACCGGGUCCGGGUUCGCCUCCCUGCUCAUGGAGCGUCUGUCUGUGGACUACGGCAAGAAGUCCAAGCUGGAGUUCGCCGUCUAUCCGGCCCCACAGGUGUCCACGGCAGUGGUGGAGCCCUACAACUCCAUCCUGACCACCCACACCACCCUGGAGCACUCCGACUGCGCCUUCAUGGUCGACAACGAGGCCAUCUACGACAUCUGCCGCCGUAACCUGGACAUCGAGCGGCCGACCUACACCAACCUGAACCGUCUGAUCGGCCAGAUCGUCUCCUCUAUCACCGCCUCCUUGCGGUUUGAUGGUGCCCUGAACGUGGAUCUCACAGAGUUCCAGACAAACCUGGUGCCGUACCCGCGGAUUCACUUCCCGCUGGUGACAUACGCUCCGGUCAUCUCGGCUGAGAAGGCCUACCACGAGCAGCUGUCUGUAGCUGAGAUCACCAACGCCUGUUUCGAACCAGCCAAUCAGAUGGUGAAGUGUGACCCUCGUCAUGGCAAGUACAUGGCCUGCUGCAUGCUGUACCGUGGUGACGUCGUGCCAAAGGAUGUCAACGCUGCCAUCGCCACCAUCAAGACCAAGCGCACCAUCCAGUUUGUGGACUGGUGCCCCACUGGCUUCAAGGUUGGCAUCAACUACCAGCCUCCCACCGUGGUGCCUGGUGGAGACCUGGCCAAGGUGCAGCGUGCCGUGUGCAUGUUGAGCAACACCACCGCCAUCGCUGAGGCCUGGGCCCGUCUGGACCACAAGUUUGACCUGAUGUAUGCCAAGCGUGCCUUCGUGCACUGGUACGUCGGUGAGGGGAUGGAGGAGGGAGAGUUCUCAGAGGCCCGGGAAGAUUUAGCUGCGCUGGAGAAGGACUACGAGGAGGUUGGCAUGGACUCAAUGGAAGGAGAGGGAGAAGAGGAAGGGGAGGAAUAUUAGUUUGUUCCAUCCUCAGUAGCCUUUAGUACCAUUACAAACAUGGCAUGUUAGACUCCACAAAAAGUUAACAUUGUGAUUUGGAACAUAAUCGGAGCCUAAAAGUACAUGUCAAAAAAGAAAAUGAUUUCUUUCAAUUUUUCACGUUUUUCUACAGCAUAAAUAAAGGUUUUGAAAACACA